CAACCACCAAGGGAUACGUUUGUUUAUUUGUCUGCAUGGCCACCCGUGCGUUACACCUGGAGGCUGUGUCCGAUCUAAGCUCCGACGCGUUUAUGAGUGGGCUACAACGAUUCGUUAGUCGCCGAGGUCUCGUGCAGAAGUUGUACUCGGACAACGCGACUAAUUUUGAAGGCGCCAAUAACCAAAUGUGUCGCCUAGCCGAACUGUUCCACAACGAGGAGCACAUCCGUGCUGUGAACGAGUAUUGCGCGCCGAGAGGUAUUGAAUGGUCAUUCAUUCCUCCACGAAGUCCGCAUUUUGGAGGGAUAUGGGAAGCGGGAGUUAAAUCGGUUAAAUCGCAUCUGAAAUUGAUUCUCGCUGAACAUCGACUGACGUUUGAAGCACUUUCUACUGUACUCGCACAGAUCGAAGCAAUUCUAAACUCCCGCCCUCUCACACCUGUCUCAGAUGAUCCAAAUGAUAUGACUGCCAUAACUCCAGCUCAUUUCAUCAUUGGAAGAGAGUUCCAGGCCAUUGCGGAACCCACUUACACUGGCAUUCCCCAGGGCAGGCUAUCGCGUUUACAAUUUAUUCAGGACAUGAAGCAAAGGUUUUGGAGAGUGUGGAUGAACGAUUAUCUCCACGAACUUCAAAGGCGUCAACGAGAUCUGAAGGUCACUGAAUUUAAGAUUGGAGCAAUGGUGGUUAUCAUCGACGAAAAUGCACCGCCGUUGAAGUGGGCGCUGGCCCGCAUAAUCGAACUCCAUCCGGACAAGGAUGGGCACACUCGAGUGGUAAGUUUGCGAACCAAGAAUGGCAUAACUAGGCGUGCCGUCAAGAAAAUUUGCUUGCUGCCAAUAGACAACGAGAGCGACGACCAGACUGGGCAAUUGGAAUCUUGAAAUUUCCAAUUUCAACGCCCGGGUAGAUGUUUACUCCUGCUACGAUGAUCCAGACAACAAACUAGAAUAGAAAACCUAUUAUACCUAUGCUCAAACACUCUUACUAACACAUAUGUAUUCAUUCGUUCUUUAAGUAGUAAAAACUUGACUGUUGUACCAAACAGACGCCUUUUGAAUUUAUCCGUCCAAGAAACCGAAACUCAUUCGUAUACAGUCCACUCCCGCGAGGAAUCGAGGACAUGUGCUAUUGCCAUUCGACAUUAUGUGGAAAUAGGAUCACUACCAACAGCAGCACUACAAUCAGCGUCUUUCAUCGCACUCCACGAUAAACUAUUCGAUACAUUCAAUUCGAAAGAACGUUAAGUGAAUUCAAUUGGCAAGGCAAAAAAAUUGUCCAGAGCACUAACUAGUGCCCAAAAUCGUCCGGUAUACCUUAAAGGUUUUAUAGAGAACAUCAACGCUUUGAAGUGGAUUUGGAACACGCUAAAAGAACAAUACAGCUGCAAUUAUCUAUGCACAAACCCACUGUGCCAGGACUACUUGGAGAACUUUUUUUUCUGAAAUUCGACGCCGUUGUGGGUUUAAUGAAGCUCAUAAUGCUUUCCAAUUUUGCACUGCAUUUAAAUAUGCCAUGAUAUCAUCCAGUAAAUCACGUAACAUCUCCAAUGAUGGUAUGAAUUGUGAAACUUUCACGGCGGUGUCAAACACUCCCACAUUUGAUUUCGAACCAUUAAAUGUUGAUGCACCCUAUCAGUUCCUCGCGAAGGACAUA